GGCCCACUAGGUGUCACAAUUCUCUUCCCAGUGUCUGCUUUUCUCCUCCUCUGACUUUAGGAAGACUCUGGGCUUGGCCAGUGAGGAUGACAGGGCGUUUCGAGGAGCAGGUAUGUCUGUCCUGUACCCAUCUCUGGAGGACCUGAAGGUGGGCCAAGUCAUCCAGGCCCAAGCCAGAGCCACACCCACACCGUCGACCUCCAUGGCUUCUGCACCCCCGCUUUCAGAGUUGUACCCAAAUUUGGCAGAACUGGAGAGUUACAUGGGGCUGUCCCUCUCUAGCCAAGAAGUCCAGAAGAGCCUGCCUCAGAUUCCAGAUGGUGACAAUAUGAUGGUCACUAGCCCUGGGCCUGGCCAGGUGGUAGCACCAGUCUCUGGGAACAACCUGGGUGUGUUGCGUGCAGAGAUCAAGCCUGGAGUGCGUGAGAUCCAUCUGUGCAAGGACGAGCGUGGCAAGACUGGACUGCGCCUGCAGACUGUUGACAAGGGGCUCUUUGUGCAGCUGGUUCAGGCCAAUACCCCCGCAUCCCUCGUGGGCUUGCGCUUUGGGGACCAGAUCCUACAGAUUGAUGGGUGUGACUGUGCGGGGUGGAGCACACACAAAGCUCACAAAGCCUUGAAGAAGGCAUCGGCUGAGAAGAUCGUCAUGAUUGUGCGGGACAGGCCAUUCCAGCGGACUGUCACGAUGCACAAGGACAGCUCAGGCCAAGUUGGCUUUUUCAUCAAGAAGGGGAAGAUUGUAUCUGUGGUAAAGGGAAGCUCUGCAGCCCGUAAUGGACUUCUCACCAACCACUAUGUGUGUGAGGUGAACGGACAGAACGUCAUUGGGCUGAAGGACAAAAAGAUUACAGAGAUCCUGACCACAGCUGGAAACGUUAUCACACUGACCCUCAUUCCUACUGUGAUCUAUGAGCAUAUGGUCAAAAAGUUGUCCCCGUUGCUGCUGCAGCACACCAUGGACCACUCCAUUCCAGAUAUCUGAAGUCACAGGGCAGCCCAGGCCUCCCGCCAUUCUGCAGCGAAGAUGGCAACCGUUGCAGAUAGCUUGCUGCUCGGGUCUGGGCAUUUCAGGGGCAUGUCCCAUGAGGAUACAUAGUGGAUGAGUCUGUCAUUGCUGUUUCCUGACUCCUUGGAUCCUGAUUCCUAGCUAUGCUGCGGCACACGGUUCUCUGUGCCCCAGAUGCUGGGCACUUAGGCAGAACAGCAGAAUGUCACCGAGUGCUGCUGGGUCCCUUUGCAGACUUUUGCCUCUUCUAGAAGUCAGUCACUUGACAGAGGAAUUCCUUGUGUGUCGCUUUCAUUGAUCUUUAUCACAGAUGUGUAUAGAUCACUUGUGUGACCCUUGACUGUCUGCAGGUUAGUUGUGACCCUUGACUGUCUGUAGGUUAGUUGUGACCCUUGACUGUCUGACACAGGUUAGUUGUGACCCUUGAUUGUCUGUAGGUUAGUUGUGGCCCUUGACUGUCUGUAGGUUAGUUGUGACCCUUGACUGUCUGUAGGUUAGUUGUGACCCUUGACUGUCUGUCACAGGUUAGUUGUGACCCUUGACUGUCUGUCACAGGUUAGUUGUGACUCUUGACUGUCUGACACAGGUUAGUUGUGACCCUUGACUGUCUGUAGGUUAGUUGUGGCCCUUGACUGUCUGUAGGUUAGUUGUGGCCCUUGACUGUCUGUAGGUUAGUUGUGACCCUUGACUGUCUGUCACAGGUUAGUUGUGGCCCUUGACUGUCUGUCACAGGUUAGUUGUGACCCUUGACUGUCUGUCACAAGUUAGUUGUGAUCCUUGACUGUCACAGGUUAGUUGUGACCCUUGACUGUCUGUAGGUUAGUUGUGACCCUUGACUGUCACAGGUUAGAUGUGACCCUUGACUGACUGUCUGUCUGUAGGUUAGUUGUGAACCUUGACUGCCUUUUGAAUAAGAUUGGAUUUUAAACACAGCAACUUCCCUUAAAGUUUCUGGACAUUCCAGAAUCCCAGGUCCCAUGGCAUGGGACAUGACAAGGCUGCUUUUCCUUUUGGACAGUGACCAGGCCAUGGUCUUAUCUGUGUCUCUGAGAGCAGCAGUUUGUCUGUGUGUCAUGGCAUGCUUGCCAGUCUGUCAUGGGAUGUUGGUGCUGAGGGUCAGGUGGCUGUGGAAUGGCAGGGACAGGCUGAUUUGGGGACCCUGCUUGAAUGGGCAUGGCUGUUUUUGUAGCUACAGAAUGGGCCAAAGAAGCCAUUUCAGGACUGCUGGGCAGAACUGGAAUAUUGUCCCAGUGCUGGGCAGGAUGUGACCUGGGAUCAGGGUGGGAAUUCUAGAUCCUGUACCUAACCCCAUGGGCAGAGAGGCCUGAGUCUUACACAUCAGGGCCUGGUGGGGCUGAGCCAGCCAAUAGCUGGUUCCAUCUGUGUUGGGUGCCAUGGUGAACUUCUCACCCACCCUAACCCACUUAGAGAAAUGACACAGUACAAAGACACCAGGCUGAGGGGCUGUGUCUUCAUGCUUUAAUUCAGAGCUGUCUGCUACAGGCACAACUCUGUCUGAACAAAAAGACAAAGGUGACCGAGAGUCAAGACCCCACCCCACAGCCCCCCUCCUGUGUCCCCUGAAGUUUCU